GUUUGUCAGAGUUUUUGGAGGCUGGAUUCUGGUUCAGAUGAUCUGUAGUUUUCAGAUGAAGGACUUGAGGUCUGGUUCAGUUCUGGAUCUCUCUGAUCAGACUCACUUGGAGCAUCAUGUGUGUGAUGAGAUCUUUUCAGUUGAGUCUUCUGAGAGUCUCUGAGAGCAGAGAUGUUGGAGAAGAAAACAUGUUGACUGCUGACUCUGACUGACAGCAGCUCCAGUCUAAUGAGAAGAAUCACUGCAGACUCCUAGGAUUCAGAUUUUCAUGCUUUCCAAACAUCACAUUGUUCUAGUUUGACUUUCUGCUAUCAGAAUUUCUACAUUUCUACACGGAGAAUUGGAAUCAGCUUUUCUAGAAAAAAGUCUGGAUUGACUGACAGAAAAUGCUGAAACCUUUUCCCUCCAACUGGAAACUGUUGAUCCAAACAUGUCAUGUUAUUCCAGACUAAACAGCUCAGUCUGUGUUCAUGUCAAAGUCCAUCAGCUGUUCAUGAAGAAGCAGAUCCUCCAACACUCUGAUGGUUUGGUGUUUGCAGAGGUCAACAGGUCACACAGAGAGUCCAGUCUGCAGCCUCCAGCUGUGAGUCAAUGAAGAGUGACCGGUUCAAAGGUCAUCCUCCAGCCUUCAGAAGACGAAAACAAAGACCUUCAGACUCACAACUGGACCAGCAGAGCUCAGAAACUCCCAGUGGUCCAUCUGUCCAGCAGCAUCAAACAGAGCUGGACUCCAUCUUUCUGAAGCUGAAGAAGAAGAUUCUGAGUCAGAGGGAGGAUGAGGAGGAGCUGGAGGAUGAAGAUGAAGAGCAGAGGAGCAGCAGAGAGUCACCGAUGAAGAUCACAGUGAACUUCUUGAGGAGAAUGAAGCAGGAGGAGCUGGCUGAUGGACUGCAGAGCAGAUCUUCUGCUGCAGUUUGUCGACAUAAAGUCCAAUCUGGUCUGAAGAAGAAGUUCCAGUGUUUGUUUGAGGGGAUGGCUAAAGCAGGAAAUCCAACCCUUCUGAAUGAGAUCUACACAGAGCUCUUCAUCACAGAGGGAGGAAGAGGAGAGCUGAAUAAAGAACACGAGGUCAGACAGAUUGAAGCAGCAUCCAGGAAAGCAGACAGAGCAGAAACAAGCAUCAGACGAGAAGAGCUCUUCCAACUCCCAGCUGGAAGACAAGAACCAAUCAGAACCGUGAUGACUAAGGGAGUGGCUGGCAUCGGGAAAACAGUCUUAACUCAGAAGUUCACUCUGGACUGGGCUGAAGGCAAAGCCCACAAGAACCUCCACUUCACAUUUCCGUUCACUUUCAGAGAGCUGAAUGUGCUGAAAGAGGAGAAGUUCAGCUUGGUGGAACUUGUUCAUCACUUCUUCCCUGAAACCAAACAAGCAGGAAUCUGCAGCUUCAAACAUUUCCAGGUCCUCUUCAUCUUUGAUGGUCUGGAUGAGUGUCAACUUCCUCUGGACUUCCACAAGACUCGGAUCCUAAAUGACCCUAGAAAGUCCAUCUCAGUGCCUGAUCUGCUGACAAACCUUAUCUGGGGGAACCUGCUUCCCUCUGCUCGCCUCUGGAUAACCACACGACCUGCAGCAGCCAAUCAGAUCCCUGCUGCGUGUGUUGACAUGGUGACAGAGGUCAGAGGGUUCAAUGACCAUCACAAGGAGGAGUACUUCAGGAAGAGGUUCAGAGAUGAAGAGCAGGCCAGCAGGAUCAUCUCCUACAUCAAGAGAUCCAGAAGCCUCCACAUCAUGUGCCACAUCCCAGUCUUCUGCUGGAUCACUGCUACAGUUCUGGAGGAUCUGCUGAAGAGCAGAGAGGGAGGAGAGCUGCCCAAGAACCUGACUGAGAUGUACAUCCACUUCCUGGUGGUUCAGGCCAAAGUCAAGAAGGUCAAGUAUGAUGGAGGAGCUGAGACAGAUCCUGACUGGAGUCCAGGGAGCAGGAAGAUGAUGGAGUCUCUGGGAAAAUUGGCUUUUGAGCAGCUGCAGAAAGGAAACCUGAUCUUCUAUGAAUCUGACCUGACAGAGUGUGGCAUCGAUAUCAGAGCAGCCUCAGUGUACUCAAGAAUGUUCUCACAGAUCUUUAGAGAGGAGAGAGGCCUGUACCAGGACAAGGUCUUCUGCUUCACCCAUCUGAGUGUUCAGGAGUUUCUGGCUGCUCUUCAUGUCCACCUGACAUUUACCAACUCUGGACUCAACCUCAUGGAGGAAGAACAAUCACAGAUCUCUAGGCCUGAACUGAAAAGUCUAGUCCGGUUCUACCAGAGUGCUGUGGAGAAGGCCUUACAGAGUCCAAACGGACACCUGGACUUGUUCCUCCGCUUCCUCCUGGGUCUUUCACUGCCGACCAAUCAGAGUCUCCUACAAGGUCUGCUGACUCAGACAGGAAGUAGCUCACAGACCAAUCAGGAAACAGUCCAGUUCAUCAAGGAGAAGAUCAGUGAAGAUCUGCCUGCAGAGAAAAGCAUCAACCUGUUCCACUGUCUGAAUGAACUGAAUGAUGGUCCUCUAGUGGAGGAGAUCCAACAGUCCCUGAGGUCAGGACAUCUCUCCACAGAUAAACUGUCUCCUGCUCAGUGGUCUGCUCUGGUCUCAGACUUACUAUCAUCAGAAGAAGAUCUGGAAGAGUUUAACCUGCAGAAAUACUAUGGUUCAGAGGAGACUCUUCUGAGGCUGCUGCCAGUGAUCAAAGCCUCCAACAAAGCUCUACUGAGUUGCUGUAAUCUGUCAGAGAGAAGUUGCAUAGCUCUGUCGUCAGUUCUCAGCUCUCAGUCCUCCAGGCUCAGAGAUCUGGACCUGAGUUACAACAAUCUGCAGGAUUUAGGAGUGAAGCUUCUGUCAGCUGGACUAAAAAGUCCACACUGUAAACUGGAGACUCUCAGAUUGUGGAGCUGCAGUUUGUCAGAGAUCAGCUGUGAAGUUCUGGUCUCAGCUCUGAAGAAAAACCUGUCCAACCUGACAGAACUGGACCUGAGCUACAACGAGAAUCUGCGGGAUUCAGGAGUUCUUAAUCUGUGUGGUUUUCUGGAGAGUCCAGACUGCAGACUGCAGACUCUGAGGUUGUUUUACUGUGGUUUGUCAAAGACCAGCUGUGCUGCUCUGGUCUCAGCUCUGAAGUCCAACCCAUCCCACCUGACAGAACUGGACCUGAGAUACAACAACCUUCAAGAUUCAGAUGUUCAGCAGCUCCAGGAUCUGGUGGAGAGUCCAAACUCCAAACUGCAGACUCUGAGGUGGGAGGAUGAAGGCUGGUUGGACUGAUGUUCAGAAUCGGAAUCAGAGGAAGUGGAGAUGAGUGUCAGAGCUGCAGCAGGAACUGAUCUGAGAUCAGCUCCACUGUCUCUCUCAGCAUCAAGUGGACAGUUAUUGUGCUGCAGCUCCCCCGGUGGACUGAUGGAGAACUGCACUUCCUCUUCUCAUUCUAACUUGGAGUGUUGAUCUGAAACAUGGGUUGGAUUCAGAUGUUCAGCAGCUCCA